AUGGUUUGGGAAGCUGCCUAUAUCCACUCUCCUCAAGCUGGUAAUAGGGUGAAGGCAAUUAAAAAUGUCAAAGCCAAUGCUGCUGGACUAACUCGGGCUAACAAUGCAAAACCUGAGGCCCCUAAACCUGAGUCCUCAACUGUAUUGUCUAAUGCUACAUCUGAAGCCUCUAUGAAUUUGCAGAAGGCUCAGCUAUCAUCUGGGCUUCCUGCAGAUUUUUUUGAUAAUCAUGUGACAAAGAAGCAAAAAUCUGGAAAUGAUGCGGUCAAGUUCCUAGAUCCAGAUUCAUACAACAAGACUGGGGGUUCUGCUUCUGCUCAAACUCAGUCAAUGGAGCCUCUUGAGUCGAAAAACAAUUUAGACAGAUUGUCCAGUUCUCACUCUGAAAAGAUGGGAAAAAGUGGAAUUCAUCAUGCCAGGGACCUUACCCAGACAUCAGGAAAGAUUGUUGGUUCAGAAACCAAGGAAGUAAAGGGUGCUCUUCCUGAAGGCUUCUUUGACAACAAGGAUGCUGACCUUCGUGCGCGUGGUAUUGUGCUUGUUAAGCCGGAUGUCAAGGACGAGUACAAAGAAUUUGAAAAGUUGAUACAGGAGGAUUUGAAGGAGGUGGACAACCGUUUGGAAGAAGAAGAGGUCAGGAUCAUUUAUUCCUGA